AUGAUUGUUCGCGAAGUUCACUUAGAAAACCUUGAAAAAGUAAUCACUUCCGGGGAGAGUUUCAUGGCGUAUGACUAUCCGCCGGAAACGUUAUCGGUUUAUGUAUCGGACGACGGUGGAUCGGAGUUAACUUUGUUUGCUUUCAUGGAGGCUGCCAAAUUUGGAAGGUUUUGGUUGCCGCUUUGCAAGGAAUAUAAUAUUAUGGACCGAUGCCCAGAUGCUUAUUUCAAGUCCAAUUAUUCUGCUAAUUCUGAUGCUCAAAAUAUUAGUAACGAGAUGUAUGAAAACAUGAAGGAGAAAAUAGAAAACGUGGUGGAGACAGGAAAUGUGACAGAUGAAGACCUUUCAAGCGAGGAAGAACUGGAGGCCUUUAGCAAAUGGAAACGAGGAAUCUUCACUCCUCAGCAGCAUCCCUCUGUCAUUCAGGUUUUGUUGGAAAGUGACAAGGACAAAGACACCGCAGGAAAUCCAAUGCCCAAUUUGAUUUACGUCUCUCGGGAGAAAAGUAAGGCCUCGCCGCAUAAUUUUAAUUCCGGCGCCCUAAACACAUUGAUUCGAGUGUCGGCAGUAAUGACAAACGCACCAAUUAUACUGACUCUGGAUUGUGACAUGUUCUCUAAUGAUCCCAAAACGGUCGAAAGAGUGAUAUGUUUCAUGAUGGAUCCUCCUUAUCAACCUAAGUUGGGCUACAUACAAUUUCCCCAAAUGUAUCAAGGGUUAAACAAGGCCGACAUAUAUGCAGCGGAGUUUAAGCAGCCGAUUCAAAUUAAUGCGAUGGGCAUGGAUGGUCUUCGAGGCCCAAAUCACGUCGGCACAGGAUGCUUCUUCAAUCGACGAGUUUUCUUUAGCGGGCCAUCAUCCCUUGUUCAACCAGAAAUGCCUGAACUUAGACCAGAUUACACUCACAGGAAGAAUAUGGCACAUCAGGUAUCUGGGUGCAACUAUGAAAACCAGAGUAAUUGGGGUUCAAAGGCAGUGGCAAAGAAUCCUAAUAAAACAGUGGUGCAGGAAGAUGAUAGCAAAAUUGUAGAAGUCAUACCUGAGGCUGCUAAACCAGUGGCAAUCAAUGUCUCUCCAAAAUGCACAGGAAGCAUAUCUCAAAGUAAGCAGUUUUAA